ACCAACUCGAGUUACUGAAGACUAGUUAUUUUACAUCAGCCGUAGCUACAUUUGUCAGCAAGCAGUACCUCUCAGUACCAACAAUUGAAAUAGUCGAAAAUGCUCUCUCUGGUAAGUUUGGUCCUAUCAUUUGCCAUACUUUGGCCGGCAGCAGUUGAUGCUAGUUCAGAUGGUCAGAUAGCGAGAACCAUCAUUCAUGAUGCAGAUUGGGUUUCGAUAGCGACAAUUUCCACACAAAAAUUUAUUCAGGGAAAUGCAUUUGUUUCAUUGAAAUCAAUGUGUGAUGGUCCAGUCUCCAACUCGACUGGUAUUCCUUAUUUAUAUUUGACCGACCGGGAUGUUAGUGUAAAGGAUAUGGACGUGAACAACAACGUAACAAUAUUGGUUUCAUGGGCUCAGACUAACAGGUGCCCAGCCAACGAAACUUUUGAUCCUGAAGACCCGCGGUGCGCUAAAGUGAUGUUGUCAGGCACUGUAGAAAAGGUGAAAAACUCAACAGAUGAACAUACAUUUGCACAAGGCGCACUGUUUGAACGUCAUCCAUCGAUGAAAUACUGGCCAUCUAGUCAUAAUUUUUUCGUCGCUAAGAUUGAACCAACUCAAGUCCUGCUCUUGAAUCAGUUUGGAGGAAUUCAUAAUGUAGACAUCGAAGAUUACUUGCAUAGCCGCCAUACCGUAUAGUGUUGUAAAAAUCACUAUGUACUUAGUGCAUAAAAUGUAGCUUUUAUAAAUUUAAAUACAUGCUGAUUAACUUGUA